UAUCCUAACUGAUAAGUAAUUUUUUACGAUACGAUCAUGAAACGGAUGUUUUCAAGGUGGACAGUAGCUGCUUUGUGCAGAGGCCCAAAUUCGUCGUUGGCGCUUGUUAACAGAAAGUAAACAACCGUCAUCUUAGCUGACGACAUCUCUAGCAUGAUUUUAUUCUUAUCCAUCUACCUCCAUGUCCUCUCAAACAUGGCUACGAUACGGCACAGCUUACAUCAGGAAAUCCUGCAACCUCUGGAUGAACGGCUCUUAGCCUAUGUUCAAGUAAACAAAGCUUUGAAGAAGAAGAAUAAGCCAAGUUAUCUUGUUGUAUCUGUCACCAAAGACCCUCCAACUGUUGCGUACAUACAUCAGGUGAAGAAAAGUGAUAAGUACACGUUAAAGAAGAAGCAAUCAUGGCCUCUAAAUGCUUUGAAAGCUGUCGAUGGCAAAUCUUCUACAACUGAAACGUUGGAUUUUGAUCUUCAUCUAGAUAAAAUAUACAAAUGGACAGCAGAAAAUGGACAAGAACGCAAGAACUUUAUCACAGUAUUAUACAAGGAAAGCUCAAAUUUUCCCUCCAAAGACAGACCUGUUUUCAUUAAAGUUCCUAAGGAGUGGAUAACAACUGAAAUGCUGGAUGUCCCUGUCAGCAAUGGUGCUGUGCCCAUGGAGGUUAGUGCUGAUGCAGAAGAUUAUCAAGCCCUUAGUGAAAAAGAAGAAGCCGAUUUGCAACAGCUAAUGUCACAGUGUGGUUUCGCUGUAUCAAACGCUGAGCAGUUUAUUGACACUCUUGCAAAACAUCUGUCAAUUUUGGAUGGAGAAAAUGUUCAAAGUGUCCUAGCCUCAGAGCAGCAAGUAGCAGCAUUGAUGCGUCAGAUCGACACAGCUCUGGAGCAGGUGUCAAAAGUGGAGGCUCAGCUCCAGUCGUAUGAUGACGUCCUAUGCCAUAUUCGAACUGCCAUGGACAAAAUGGAAGAAAAGAACACGUUGAUUGCUAUUGCAAAUAAGAAUAAUCACAAACUUCUCAUGGAAUUGGAGAAUAUAGUUCAUGAGCUAGAGUUACCUUCAAAACACCAAAUCGCCCUGACGGAUGCUGACCUAACAAGCCCGCAGAGUUUGCAGGAUGCUAUCGCAGCAGCUAAAGCAUUGCAGAAAGUCAUGAAUGCUAAGAUUCACCCUGGUUUGUUGCAGCUGGCAGCAGUUCAAGACCAAAAAAAGCGAUUUGAAAAGUGGAAAACAAAAUUCUCCCAAAUCCUCUCUCAUCAUCUGAAUAACAUGUUCAUUUACUUGGGUAAUGAUCCAGGUGAAUUCAGAGCUAUGAUUGGCCCUGAUUUGGUUCUACCGAAGCAUACUGCCAUGCAUAGGGAGUUGUCUGCGUACACAGAAUUAAUGCACUGGUGCAAAGCAAUGGACCGGAAAGCAUUCAAUAGUCUCACCAAAGUCUACACGAACUCAAUUAGCAAGCUCUAUGAACGAGAUGUCAAACAAUUUUUGGAAGAUGCAAGACAAAGAGUCGCAGCUGGCCAGUCAAAAAUGGGUGGGUCAAAGGAGGAUGUUGCUUCAAAGCCAUGGCUGAGUGUUAGCGUCUCCAGCAAAUCUCAACCAUCAGCUAGUCUGCUUGGUGUUGAUCGUGAGCUAUGGGCACAAGAAGUAAGCCCGGCAGAAAGGUUGCGCUUUGAUCAAGUUUUUGAAAGAGUCUUAUCUGAAUUGGAGCCUGUGUGCCUCUCAGAGCAAAACUUUUGUGUUCAUUUUUUUGAAUUAGGUAUUCAAAAACUGAGAAUGUCCCAGUCACAGUCUGAAGAUGCUCUCAGUGCCAAAAAAGAUGACCCUAAAACGCCUAGCACCCCACAGAAGAAAAUUGAAAAGCAAAUGCAUGAGGAAGUCAGAAAAAUGAUGGCUGAGAUAUUUAAUUGCAUUGAACCUGAGAUUUUAAAUUUCCUCAACCAUCAUGAGAAAAUUGACCCUGUUUUUCGGAUGUACGGUUUAGUGCGGCUUAGCCAGCAUGUCAUGUCCGCGCAAGAUACAGGAUCAUUCCUUAGUAUGACAUUUGGUACAAUUUUAGUGCAAGUCAAACGGAACUAUGACCGUUACAUGCAAACACAACUGAACUCUAUACAAGACUGCCGUCCAGUUCGGAAAGGUAAAUGUGGUAUUUUACCUUUUGUUUACAAUUUUGAAGAGUUUGCUCGAACGACAGAACAGAUUUUUAAAGACACUGAAAGGAGAGCUGAUCUGGACAAAUGGUACAUCAAACUUGUAGGGGCAAUAUUUGAAGCAAUCCCGAUUGUUGCAGCGGACCAUCCUAAAACACCACCAGAAGUUAUUAAAAUGGAGAAUUUCCACCAUCUCUAUGACUUGCUGUCACGGCUAAAAAUCGGCGUCCUCGACAGUCAAAGAAAAGAAGCCAAAGUAAAGUAUAAUGAGGCUCUGAAAGCAUAUGUUACUAGGUAUUUCGGCCGACCGCUGGAAAAGUUGAACUUGUUCUUUGAGGGUGUUCAAGCUAAAGUUGCUCAAGGUGUCAAAGAGUCGGAAAUCAGCUACCAGAUGGCGUUUAGCAAGCAAGAGCUACGUAAAGUGGUCAAGGAGUACCCUGGGAAAGAAGUCCAUCGGGGACUAGAGCAGCUGUAUCGAAAAGUGGAAAAACACCUGUGCGAAGAAGAAAAUUUGCUGCAGGUGGUGUGGCGUGCAAUGCAAGAGGAAUUCAUUGUUCAAUAUAAGCAUAUUGAUGAUAUGAUUCAGCGCUGUUAUCCAGGAUCUAUGGUAACGCUUGAUUUUACCAUUGAUAAUAUUCUGCAGUUUUUCUCAGAGAUAGCUAGAUCUCAUUAAGUCCCUUGAACUGACUGUAAAAUGAAGUUUAGCACCAUAUCUUCAGUUUGAGGAACAUUUCACCUCAGGUAGAAAUAUAACUAUGGUAAAACUACAAAAAUGCGUAUCUCUGUUGCACUGUUUCAAACUCUUCACUCCUUUAUUUUUAAAAGGACCCCAAAGCAACAUCAUGGCUUGAAAUUUUCACAGAAUAUUUUGUACAUACAUAGAAAAGAAAAAUCACGAAGAUUUCAAAAAAUGGCUUUUAGUAGUUUUCCAUGUCAAAAGUAAAGUAUUACAGGAAGUCUGCAAUGCCGCAAACUGAGACUCAUAUUUCUGUAGUUUCACCAUCGAUAAGGAGUCUCUUGGUCGAUGUUCCUUGUUCCUAAUGAGUAAUCCGUGAAAGUCAUUCUGACUAGAUAUUAUUUUUAAGAUCAAUUAUUUUGCCAUUCAUUAUUUGAGCUUCUAUACAUGUAUUACUGUUACUCUUGUUUAUUCCUGUAAUCAAAGAGACUCAUAAUUUUCCAUCCCAGAGUAGUUCCUAGUUUUAUCCUGGAAAGUGUCCGUACAUUUGCUCUUUCAUAAACUAUAAUUUGUAAUAUCAACUCAGUCCUGAAAUAUGAUUCUAAACGUCAUGGUCAUGUUUGAACAUGUGUGCGCAUUAAGGAAAAUAGACCUACAAUGUAAAGGCAUGAAACUGUUUCUAUGGUAGAUAACCUUAGAUUUGUUUUGUUCUAUUUAUAUUCAUUUAAUCUGCCUUUCUUCUGGCUUGUGCCGUUAGUGAUUAAGUUUUAUGCAAAAUUGAAAUCUAGUAAGUUUAAUCGAUUGGAAUUUCAAUGAUAAAUAAGCCAUCAGUAGUACAACUUAGUGUAUCAGAUUCUAUGGCUCUCCUUAAGGUAGAGUGAAAAUCUCUUGAUUGACCUGCAAAAAACCGAAAAAAUCUUCAAAGCCUCUUUCUGAUUGCCUUCUUCAAAACUCUUUGGGCUUUCAUUUAUUGCAUCCAAAUUGUCUUUUUUAGUGACUUAUAAAAUUAUCCAGUUGAGCCAAUAUUAUUCGGAAGGACCCAAGCGCCAAAAUCCAAGUUUCAAGGAAAAUUGGGAAUACUGUGCCAUUCGGCAAGUGCUCAAUCUUUUGAGCCCGUAAUAUGUAUGUGUCUGAAGAAUACUUACUGAAACUGGACUCAAAAGAUUGAAUGCGAGCCGAAUGGCACAUUCUUAAUCGUUUUUCUCAAGACUUGGAGUUUUGCACAUGGGCCCCCAAGAGAAACAUUGGGUCAAAUAUGGAUGUUUUUAGGAUAUAUUUUGCCGAGUGAACUUAAUGGAAGCUUGCAAAGAAACUCUAGAAUUUUAGGUCUUUUCAUCAUUCAUAACUGUGCAUCUUGGAUAAGAGAAAAGAUCGUAGCCAGUCAAAAAAUUUAGCUUUGGUUGACUGAAAUUCAAUUUUCCUUGAUUUCUUCAUCCACCCACGAUUCCAAGAGGGUUUGAUCAAAUGAGCAUAUAAGUUCUCUAUCAAUCUAGGAUCAUAAAAAAAAUAUCUUCAGUACUCACACUUUCUAUAAUUAUACAAGCUACAACAAUUGAAGCGUGUUUUUGUUGUUCAUCGCUUUAGCAUAAAUGGAUGAGAAAGAAUUGUAGAGUCGUAAAAUACUCAUCAGAAUCUGAACAAUCAAAGAAAAAAACCACAAGAAGACUGUAAAUCCUUCUUUUUCAGGACUUACUUUUAGCCUCAACGUUAGAUAGAAUUCCUCUGUGCAUCUGUCUGGUGAGUUAUGAAAAAUUAUGAUUGCGUCAAAGAAAAUACCAAAUCUUGUAAUCCUAUGGCUCGACCAAACGACAACAAAAAUACGCUUUGUGUCUUGAAGUGCCUUCAAAUUUGAGGUGCUAUGAUCAAACUAUGAUUUUCGUUUGCUUUUUGGAGUGGAAAUUUGAUGCAGUUUGUCGUAUCACCUUAAUUAAAUAGAAAGUGUAAUUUUUCCUCUUUAUGCAUGUAAAGCGUUUUUCCAGUUGUUGUUUCAAGUUAUGGUUUUCGUUUUUAAGGCUUGUUGUGUACAGAUUUAAAUUUUUAUUUUCAAACUCAUGUAAGUUUACUUGUAUUGUUGUAAAAUUUGUACCAAAAAUCUCUUUGAUACCCAAUUAAAAAAUGAUACAGUUAUCUA